GAAUCUUUACUUCAGCAGAAUGGGAGAACAAUCUACUGUUUUCUGCUGGUUGGUUGUGUUGACAUUUUCUUGGAUGGGUAGAACUCAUACUGAGCCCUUGUACACGCUCAUCACACCUAAUGUCAUCCGUGUGGAAAGUGAGGAGACAAUUGUUGUAGAGGCUCAUGAUUACAAUAGUUCUCUUGAUGUUCUAGUUACCAUCUAUAACUUUCCCCAGAAGAACAUCAUCUUGACUUCGACACAAGCCAGACUAGAACCUCAAAAUGGCAUGGUGGUCUCUGCAAAAAUAAAGGUUCCAGCUCAUCACGUGAAGGACCUCCAGGGUAGGCAGUUUAUAUACAUCCAAGCUUCCAGCUCAGACUUCACCUUGGAGAAUGUUGUUCGACUUUCUUUUGAAAUUGGCUAUAUCUUCAUUCAAACGGAUAAACCAAUCUACAAACCUGGAUCAACAGUAAAAUAUCGACUGUUCACCGUUGGACACACACUGAACCCCAAAAUAAAACUUGUCUUCAUAGAGAUUGUGAACCCUGAUGGGAUUGUGGUUGAUAAGAACCUGGCAUUAUCUAACGGUAGUGGCAUCAUUACCAAGAGCUACAAGAUCUCUGACAUUUCAGUAACUGGAAUCUGGAAGAUUGUUGCCAAGUAUGAAGAUAAUUUGCAGGAAAAGUUUGACACUGAAUUUGAAAUCAAGGAAUAUGUGUUGCCAAACUUCAAGGUGACCCUGGAGUCCUCUCAAAAGUUUUUUUAUGUUGAUGACAAUGAACUGAUCAUUGACAUUACGGCCAGAUACUUAUUUGGUGAGAAUGUUCAAGGCCAGGCUUUUGCCAUCUUUGGAGUGGUGGUGGGACACGAUAAGAAGCGCAUCACAGAAUCACUCAGCAACAUUCCGAUCAGCGAUGGGAAGGGACGUGCAAAGCUUACCCGACAAAUGCUGCAGAGCAGUUUCCCCAACCUUGAUAGUAUUGUAGGGAACUCCAUCUAUGUAUCUGUGUCAGUGCUAACAGGAAGUGAUAUGGUCCAAGCAGAGAAAUCUGAGAUCUACAUUGUACACUCUCCCUACAGAAUUGUUUUCCCCAAAGCCUCCAAGUACUUCAAACCAGGGAUGCCUUUCACCCUUGCACUUGUGGUGGAAUACCCAGGUGGCUCCCCAGCCCCUAAUAUUCUUGUCUGCACUGUGACCACCCCAAAAGUCUGCAGUGUAUCUCAAGCAGAUGGAACAGCAUACAUGGGUGUGAAUACACAAACAAAUGCUGCACCUCAACUGUCUCUGACGGUGAAAACAGAAGUCUCUAACCUGCUUGAAUCCCGUCAAAGCUCAGCUGUGUGGACAAUAUAUGCUUAUCAAACUCCAGGAAAUUCCAGGAAUUACCUCCAUCUCACAGCAGCAACAGGGAAACAGAAAUCUGGAGACACCUUGUUUGUAUCCUUCUACCUUGAUUUCAGCAAUCCUGUCACUGGAAACCAGAUCCGCUACAUCACUUACAUAAUCCUAAGCAAAGGGAAAGUGUUCCAAUUUGGGAGGCUGUCCCGGCAAGCAGGACAGAAUCCAGUGCUUCUGUCUCUGCCUAUCACUCCGGAUCUGAUUCCUUCUUUAAGGAUUGUAGCUUACUACAAAAUCGGCUAUGACGAAAUCGUAGCAGACUCUAUCUGGGUGGAUGUGGAAGACACCUGCAUGGGAGUGCUCAAAGUCACAGGUGCAUCGCAAAAUGACAACCUUAUACAGAGGCCACAUGCCCACAUGAACCUCCAAGUGACUGGCAAUCCAGGGGCCAAGGUGGGCCUGGUGGCUGUGGAUAAAGCUGUAUAUGUUUUGAAUGAAAAGACUAAACUGUCCCAAGCCAAGAUAUGGAAAAGUGUGGAGAAGAAGGACCCUGGCUGCACAACUGGAGGUGGCAGGGAUAGCGCCGGUGUUUUUGUGGAUGCUGGUCUGGCAGUGCAGACCAGUUCUGGCUAUAGGACAGGUAUAGAGUGCUCUUUGUCCAGCUUCCGCCGUCGUCGCAACUUAGAUUUUCUGUUGAAGAAAGCAAACAAAGCCAAGGAAUAUCUGAAUCACUUCCAUCGGAAGUGCUGUGAGGAUGGCAUGAGAGAAAAUCCCAUGGACUAUUCCUGUACACGACGAAGUCAGUACAUCAUGGAGGGCCCUAAAUGUAUUCGUGCCUUCCUUGACUGCUGCUACCACUUCUUUGGCGGCAGACCAGUGACCAAAAAAAUUUUCCAUCACACACCCAGCCUUGCUAUACUUGCAAGUGUCUCAGUGAUACAGCCAGAACUAUUCUCCAAGGAAACCUUGAAGGAAGACAAUGAGUAUGAGGAUGACUAUGACAAUGACAAUGACAAUGAGUUAUUAGAUGAGAAAGUUGUGUCUCGAUCCCAGUUUGCUGAGAGUUGGCUUUGGAUGGAGGAAACCCUUCCUCUGGAGGCAGAUUUCAAUGGGUUCUCUUCCAGAACAGUUUCUUUGUACCUGGAGGAUUCCAUCACCACCUGGGAAGUGCUGGCCAUCAGUCUUUCCAAGACAAAGGGUAUCUGCAUAGCUGACCCCUACGAAAUCAUGGUGAAGCAAGAUUUCUUUGUUGACUUACGGCUUCCCUAUUCCAUUGUGCGCAACGAGCAAGUGGCCAUACGAGCUGUGGUGUACAAUUAUGCAAAAUGGCCUUACAAUGUCCAGGUGGACCUGAUACACAAUGAAAAACUCUGCAGUUCCAGCACUGGGACGGACCGAUUACAACAGUACAUUACAGUUCAAGCUGGCACCUCCCACGAUGUUACAUAUGUGAUUGUUCCUCUGGAGGUGGGAGAUGUUGAAAUUGAAGUGAAAGCUUUUGUGAGGGGACUGCCUUUGGCUGAUGGUGUGAGGAAGACGCUCCAGGUGGUGCCAGAAGGGAUGAAAAUCUUAAAGAAUGUCAGAAGUGUCCUCCUAGAUCCACAGGACCAAGCUUCAGCUUCUGGACAGCAACUCAUGAAUAUUGACCCCAUGGAUCUUAGUGAUGUAGUUCCCAACACGGAGCCUGUUACUCUCAUCAGUAUAACAGGGGACAUUGUGAGUGAGACAAUAGAGAACUCCAUUGAUGGAGCCAACCUGAAGCAUCUUAUUCAGAUUCCCUCAGGCUGUGGGGAGCAGAACAUGAUUGGUCUGACGCCUGCAGUGAUUGCUACCCACUAUCUGGACAAUACUCAUCAGUGGCAGAGGAUGGGGGUGGAGCGCCGUGCUGAGGCCAUUAACAUCAUCAAAAACGGAUACAUACAGCAGCUGGCCUUCAGGAAAAAGGAUGGUUCCUAUGCAGCAUUCACACAUCGUCCAUCAAGCACUUGGCUGACAGCAUACGUGGUAAAGGUCUUUGCAAUGGCCAGUCCAUUCAUUUCUGUUGAUAGUGAACUUCUCUGUGGGGCUGUGAAAUGGCUUAUUCAGCAGAAGCAAAUAUACACUGGUGCCUUCAAGGAAGAUGCUCCUGUGAUUCAUGGGGAAAUGGUGGGUGGAUUCCAAGAUCUGGAGCCAGAAGUGUCCCUGACAGCCUUUGUAGUAAUUGCUAUGCACGAGUCUAAAAGCAUCUGUCAGAUUCAUGUAUCGGAUUUGGACAUGAGAAUCAGUCAAGCAGGAGACUACUUGGCUGGGAGACUGGGCAGCCUGCAGAAGAUUUACUCCAUUGCCAUUACCUCUUACGCACUGUCUUUGCUGGGGAGGAAUAAAGAAGCCCGGAAGCUGAUUGACCUUUCCACAGGGACCCACUGGCCUGACCCCAGCUCCAAACUGUACUCCCUUGAGGCUACAUCUUAUGGCCUGCUGACUCUCCUCCAGAUUAACAGGCUUGACCUGGCCAGCCCCAUCGUCCGCUGGCUGACAGAGCAGAGGUUCUACGGAGGGGGCUAUGGCUCCACCCAGGCAACAAUUAUGGUCUUCCAGGCACUAGCUCAGUACCAGAUGUCUGCAUUAAAGAGCAGGCGUGAUGAAGACGACUUCUUAGAUGUUACCAUUACGCUGCCAACCCGCAGUGAUUCAGUCCGCUGGCAGAUCCACCAUGAAAAUGCUAUGUUAACCCGAACGGAGCAGACUAAAAGCACCGAGGGUUUCACAAUCACUGCCCGUGGAACAGGAAAAGGAACUCUAUCGGUCAUGAGAGUGUAUUAUGCCCCUCUGACUGAAGGCAUGGCUCCUUGCAAGAAGUUUCAUGUCACUGUCUCACUGACAAAGGCUUACCCUGUUAAGAAGCCAGAGGGAGCCUUGGCCUCAAAGGACAUGCAGAUCUGCAUACAAUUCCUGGGUGAGACUGAUGCCACUAUGACCAUUGUUGAUAUCUCCUUGCUGACUGGAUUCUCCCCAGAUAAGGAAGACUUAGAAAAGCUAACAAACCAUGUUGACAAAUACAUAUCCAGGUAUGAAAUGAACAAUGCCUUCUCCAACAAGGCUUCUCUCAUCCUCUACCUGGACAAGGUGUCCAACAAGCAACACGAGUGCCUGCGGUUUAAAGUACAUCAAUACUUUGAAGUGGGAAUAAUCCAGCCAGGAGCAGUGACUGUCUAUGAAUACUACGCUGUGGAGAACCGUUGCACAAAAUUUUACCAUCCAAGCAAGGAAGAUGGGCUCCUGAGUACAUUGUGUCAGAAAGAUACCUGCCGUUGCAUGGAAGAAAAAUGCAGCUCAGUGAAGAAUAUCACAUCUACGCCAAACAAUGCAAUGAGGAUGGAGGCUGCAUGUAAACCUGAAGUAGAUUAUGUCUAUAAAGGACACCUGGAAAAAACUGAGCAGAAAGGCAUGUACAUCUACUACUUCAUGAGGAUUGUGGAUGUCAUCAAGGAAGGAACAGAACCAGCUGUUCAAGGGAAGACCCGGCAAUUUAUUAGUCCUUUACUCUGCCAGCGGACCCUGGGUAUGCAAGUGGGCAAAGACUACUUGCUCUGGGGCCGCCACAGCGACAUGUGGAACCUCAAAACAGAAAUGGCGUAUCUGUUUACCAGCUACUCCUGGAUUGAGCUGUGGCCCACCAGACAAGAAUGCCAGCAAGGGGCCUGGCAAGUAUUGUGCCAGGAGCUUCAAGACUUCAGUGAGCACAUGAAAAUAAUCGGCUGCACGCAAUAAAAAAGAGGAACGGCUGCCUCCUGUACUCUUCUGAGGGGCAUCAGGAAAUAUAAAACAGCCACUUCAUUGCCAGAGCUGAAUACUGAACAUGCAUCAUCAGUAUAAAAUAGGAUGUUUUCAGAAUUGUGUCUCUCCAAGCAUGAUGCAAAUGUUUUUAAAGAGGCUGCGAUCUUCAGAUUGCAGAUGUAUUGCAGAUUGAAUAUGAAAAAUCUCUAAUCCAUCACUUUGGGCCAAACAAAAAAUACACAACUUUUGCAACUGCUUAUCGUCUAGUAAAAAUAGUCUCCUUCAGACAAUUUCAACUUACGCAUGUAGCUUUUUUCAGUAACAAGGGAGAAAUGGUUGUCAUACCACCUUUUAGUUUUUCCUGGUGGUCCAAACCAAAUAUUAACCAAGGUCAACUCUGCUUAGUUUUUGGAAACUAGCCAAGGUUAGGUAGAUGCUGCUGUUAUAUCUUCAUCACAGUCAGCUUCAUAGCUAAGCUACUUGCACAAUCAGUUUUCUCUAGAGUUGUCUUUGUUUGCUCACUUGUCCUUUUUAAAAAUAAUAAAGUAUAGCUACCAAACUUC